AUGAAAAACAUUCAAACAAAUGAAUUGAACUCGAAGCUGAGCAAAAAGUUGCUUGGAUUUGGUUUGUACGGGACAGAGGUGAGAAAUUUCACAUCGAAAGAGAAGGAGGAAAUGAUGCACUGCAAAAUGGUGGAAUUUGUAACAAAGGAGACUGUUGAAGAUUUACGAUGCAAUUUUAGGCUAAGCAAAUUGGUUGAGGCCGCAGAAGUAACAGGAGAUACCAUUGUUAGGUUCAAUACAUUCAGUUUCAGAGACAUGGCAUUUGGGGUGAAUAGUAGGAUUACGUGUCAUGCCAGUUAUGCAGUGGUAGAUGCCAUUCUUGUAUCAAAGAAGAAGAUGGAUGCAGAGAAAAUAAGAAAAGUCACAAAACUCCAAGCAAAAGAGACGUGUUAUGCAUGUAAGAAAUUGAAGGAGAUGAUUGUGAUCAAGAUCGAUGAUAACGGGCUAAUGGAAUUCAACUACGAUAGAACUGAGGGAGACAGAAGCAACCAAGUGAACAAGAAUAAACGAACAAGUCUACCGGUGUUGUACAGGGGAUACGGAUAUGGAGAAAUCAUAGAACAUGAAUUAAACACGCAGAUGUCAGGUGUAACAACAAGUUACCUGAAAGAGAAAUACGGAUUUGCAUCAAAAACAACACUAAAGGAUUUAUUGGCUAAAGUGGAAGAAAACAAGAAAGAGUACAUAUCAAUGCAGAUGACAAUACACAAAUCACUCACGUACGUCUUCUUUACAAAAAGGACAUUCAGAACUUAUAAAUCAGAAAAUGAGAAAAGACUACAAGGAAAGGAAACAGAUAUUAUCAACAAGUCCAUGAUAAGCAAGGAAGAUAGAGAGCGUUUGAUUAGGCAAUAUAUGGCAAAACAUGGUGGAAUAUUUGUUCUAAAUAGGGAUAUGCUAGAUAAAAUACAAAAGCAGAUCAAUACAGAUGUGCAAUUUGAUAAGAAAUCAAUAGCCAGGGCAACACUAGAAAUGGGAUACAAGUAUCACCAUGUAAUCAACAGCAAUGGAAGCAACAAGGUGUUUUACGAUUCCAACAAGUUUACAGUGAAACAUAUUGAAGAAAGGUUCAAGAAUGAUGAAGAUGAUUUGAAUUAUGAUAAAAAGACUGCAGAAAUAGCUUAUAAAAUAGAACAGGCAUUGUUCAAUGAUCAAGAAGCAGCUGCAAGAGACAAUUACUGGAUACAAAGCAAGACAGAAAGAGCCAGGGUUCUUUACAGUGUUCUAGAAACGAGUGACAAAAUGGUUCAGUUCAAAGGCAGUGACAUCCUAUCCCUGAAAAUCAAAACGUAUUUGAAUUUAACAAAGGUGCAACGUAGACACAUCGUUGCAGAACUUGCACUUGAUCUAUUCAAAUUCAAUAAGGAUCUAUUUGAUUUGCAAAAAAUAGAAGAAAUUACGAAGAAAGAUCCAGAAACAUGUCUGUCAGAUUACAAUGGAAAGGUAUUGACGAAUGAUGGAUACAUUAAGCCAUUUAUAUGCGCACUGAUGGAUCAAAUGAUACAUUUCCCACUAUCUUGCAUUACGAACCUGAAAAGAUUUGAAAAUGGUAAGUCAGUACAACAUGGCCUGAGUCCAACCUACUUCAAAGGCCUUUUCAGAUACUUAGAGAAGAAGAGUAUGAUUGAAUUUAGUAUAACGGAGAUCAUCAAAUACAAAAAGAAUGAAAUAGCUUCAGAAGAUUAUGAGGAUGUUUGGAUCAGCUACAAUGAAAGAGUAGGAUUCUGGAACAAAAUCAAGAAGAAAUUAACAGAGGAAAAUGCUCAAAACCUGCUAAAAGUAGAAUUGGAAAGAAGUGGCAAGGAAUUGGGCCUGAAAAAGAAAAAGGUGCUUGAAAAGUUACUGUCUGAGUUCAUCAGCACUCCAACAAUACAAGAGAAUAAGACACAAUACAUUCCAAAGGAGAAUGAACGAGAAAUGUUCAAACUCGCGAAGUUUCUGCUGGUGAAAUCAUCUCUAAGCUUAGACAAUUUCACUGAGAAAGUUGAUCAAAUGAUUAAUGAUGCCGGAAUUGAUAGAAUUAAGCUGGAGAAGAUAUAUAACAAGUGCAUAAAGCACUUCAAGGGACAGGGACUCAUCAAGGGAUUUUCCAAGGCAGACACGAUAGCGAUGCCAACAAAGAAGUUCAUGAAAUGCGUGUUGCUUUCAAAUGAUGCAAUAGCACAGCUCAAAUUCAAGGAUUACUACAGUAUCUACCACGAUUACAUCAGGAAGAUUGUGAUAGUUGAGGAAUUAGUUGAUUACGGAUAUUUUGACGAAAAUUGCAAGGAGAUUGAUCAUUUUGAAAUUGUGGAGUAUUUUGAACAAUACAAGAACGAAUAUACGUUCAUUCAUUCAUUUGGAACUACGUUGGUGAGCAAAAAGGAAAACGAAUAA